UAGUACGGACCCGGACUUAGUCAGUGUCAGGCGGUCAGACAAUCAAGUUGAGCUCUCUCUCUCCAUAAAUCGUAGUCGUGGGCCACUGCAGCCUAAUUCAAUUAAAAUUAAAACGCAGAUCUACGUGUUCGAGUGAAAUUGCCCCGAAUUUCCGACAAUUAUAGGCCACGCUCUCGUCAGUAAUCUCGCGUCUGCGUAGGCGGCAAUAGCUGAAUCCCGGUCAUGCAAUCGGACGCAUCUCCCCUGGGAGCUGCUGCCACGGAGUCCCUUCCAAUGCACCGCUCCACCUCCAUGCCGGUGAAGCCCAAGCCACUGGAGCAGAAGCCACUGCUUCGUUCCUCCGAAAAGGAGACGGUCAAUGCGACGGAUUACUAUCCGGAAAGCCCGGGGUUCGUACGACGCAGAAGGUCAAAACCCGCCGGGGAUCACCUGGAAACGCGCAGCGAGCAAAACUUCCCCUACACACACGACUGGGCAGGCAGUACGAUAGAGCUUACACCAGACUUGGGAUCCGGACCACGGACUUCAUCUUCAGAUGGACAGAGACGAAGCCUUCAUCGCGUGAUGGAAAAGAACGGCAAGGAGAACGUUGUGUUCCGGCGCAUUCCGGAGAAGUCAUGGCGCUACAUGCGGGAUCUGGUCACCACGCUGAUGGAACUGGAAUGGAUGUACGUGCUGACCCUGUUCCUGGGAAGUUACUUUCUCAGCUGGCUGCUCUUCGCCGCCCUCUGCUACGUGGUGGCCUACUCCCACGGUGACUUCAUCUUCGAUCCGGUCAGUGGUAGGCGAAUGGGCGAGGGCGUGGACCCCUGUAUCUACGGGGUGCACAGCUGGGUGGCCAUGCUCAUAUACUCUGUGGAAACACAGACGACCCUCGGAUUCGGCGAAAAGUACGCCAGCGAGGAGUGUCCGGAGACGAUCUUUCUGUUCGUCAUGCAGAUGUUGAGUGCGGCCCUAAUUGAGGGCUGUAUGGUGAGCGUGAUCUAUGCCAAGACAGCCCGGCCGGCGAGGCAGCUGACCAAGCUGAAGUUCAGCGAGAAGGCUGUGAUCUGUUAUCGCGACGGCAGGCUUUGUUUGCUCUUUCGCGUUUGCGAUCCCCGCGAGCAGCAGUCCAUUGAGUCCAAAAUACGAGUGUACAUGAUCGUGGAUAAACGCACCCGCGAAGGUGAGACUGUAAAAAGUCACGUGGAACUGAAGCUGGAGGGAAAUGGGGAGCAGAUAAUUCUCUGGCCUGAUGUGGUGUGCCAUGUCAUCGAUGAGACGAGUCCGUUGUUUCAGUUCACCACAGCAAAACUCUUCAAUGCUGCCCAAUUCGAGCUGUACGUGUCCAUUGUUGGCACUUCGCCGGCCACAGCGCAGAUGACGGAAGCCAAGACGUCCUAUCUUCCAAGGGAGAUUUUCUGGGGGCAGCGGUUUGUCAAUAUCAUUCAUUACGAUGCCCAAAACGAACGCUAUGUUGUGGACUACGAGAACUUCAACAGGACCAUUUCGGUGGACAUGCCCAUGAUGCAUCCGACAAAUGAUCACUUUAAGCUGGAGUAUAGAAAGUGA